GAUUCAUUAGAAUGUUAGUGUUCGAAUAAUUUGUGAACCCAUAAACACUAAUAUAUUUACGGAUAUCGGUCAAACCCUGGCCCGUCGACCCUCAACCGAAUCGUUGACAGCUGACUGAACGUGCUAAGCAAGGUCCAAUGACAAAGGAGGAUAUAGAACACAUGAUCUUCCAUUUGCCAAUCGGCCUCUUGGAUUUGAAUUUUCUCUUUCAAAACCUAAUUAAAGUUUUACCGAUUUUCUUACGAGUAGAUCUGCAUCUGCUGGAUUGGAUUUGAACUUUGAAUUGGAGAAAGUGACCAAAUACACAAUGGCAAGGGUGGAUUAGAAUUCCGUAGGUUUUGUUCACUCGUUAAUAGAAACCAAAUAAACAGACAAAUUAGCACUUGGAGUCUGGACUGAGUGGAGGCUCCCUCGCAGCAAAAUAUCGAAACCUUUGCUGGAAACAAGCAACAAGCGCCCAGCAAAACCAAACCCACCAUUUCUCCUCCUCUGUACGAAAUCAGAAAACCCGUAAAGUCGCUGAAGAAGGAGAAAAUGAUUCACACUUGCACUACCAGUUACAGCCACUGUCACAGUUCCAAGGAAAUAAGCCAUGAAAGCUUCCAAGCUCGCAUCUUCGCUCAAAGUAAGUUCCGCCCUCUUCAUUCUCCUUCUUCCCAGGGUAGGGUUUCUCUAGGGUUUAAUCAACUCCCCCGCACCCAACGGUAUCCUUCUUCAAUUUCUUCACCACAGUGCGGCCCCCAACUUCCUUCAAGAAGAUAUAGUUUCUUGAACCCCUCGUGCUACAGCAGCGAGCCAGCUAAAAUAUCUUGUGGGUUUAAGCUUCGUUGUCAGUCGAAUUCUCUAACUCUGCCCUCCAGAAGUUCCUCUUUUCGUGGUAAGAAAAGGAAAUACGGAGGCGUUAUCCCUUCCAUUUUGCGUUCUCUGGAGUCUGCUGAGGAUAUUGACAAGACCCUUCAUGGCAGUUGUGAGAAUUUGAGCGCCAAAGAACAGACUGUGAUUCUCAAAGAACAGAGGGGUUGGGAGAAAGUAGUUAUAGUUUUUGAAUUCUUUAAAUCCCAGAAAGAUUACGUACCAAAUGCUAUUCACUAUAAUAUUGUGCUUAGGGCUUUGGGUAGAGCUCAGAAAUGGGACGACUUAAGGCUUUGCUGGGUUGAGAUGGCAAAGAGUGGUGUUUUCCCAACUAACAACACAUACGGGAUGCUGGUUGAUGUGUAUGGGAAAGCUGGUCUUGUUCAAGAAUCGCUUUUGUGGAUUAAGCAUAUGAAACAUAGAGGGCUUUUCCCUGAUGAAGUAACGAUGAAUUCGGUUAUCAAGGUUUUGAAGGAUGCAGGGGAGUUCGAUCGGGCAGAUAGGUUUUACAGACAAUGGUGCGUUGGACAUGUUGAUUUGGAUGAUCUUAAAUUCGAUUCUGCAGUUGAUUUCGAUGACGUGUCUUCAUCUGCACCAGUUAGUUUGAAGUACUUUUUAUCCACUGAGCUUUUCAAGACAGGCGGGAGAGUUCCUACUCCAGGGGUUGAAGUUGCAUCAGAUGAAAUGAAUACUGUUGGUCGGAAGCCACGAUUGACAUCCACUUACAAUACAUUGAUCGAUCUUUAUGGGAAGUCUGGUCGUUUGAAGGAUGCAGCUGAUACUUUUGCGGAAAUGUUGAAGUCGGGUGUGGCAAUGGAUACUAUAACUUUCAAUACAAUGAUCUUUACCUGUGGAACCCUAGGACACUUAUCAGAAGCAGAGUCCUUGCUUAAGAAAAUGGAGGAAAGAAGGAUUCCUCCCGAUACCACAACUUACAACAUCUUCAUAUCUCUCCAUGCAGAAGCAGGAAACGUGGAUGCAGCCAUAAAUUCUUAUAGAAAGAUUAGGGAGGUUAGUCUUUCCCCUGAUAGUGUAACAUAUCGAACUCUUCUACUUAUGUUAUGUGAGAGGCACAUGGUCGGAGAGAUGGAGAAUAUAAUCGAAGAAAUGGAGAAGACUUCUCGAAGUGUUGAUCAACAUUCAAUGCCAGGUAUUAUCCGGAUGUAUAUUGAUGAAGGGUUACGUGAUAGGGCAAAGAUCUUUUUAGAAAAGUGUCUAGCCAAUGGUUCAUUGUCAGCAAAGACACGAGCAGCAAUUAUGAAUGUCUAUGCAGAGAAGGGGCUUUGGGCUGAAGCUGAGGCUAUAUUUCACGGGAAGAGAGAUGGUGCACGCUUGAAGAAAGAUGUGUUGGAAUAUAACGUUAUGGUGAAAGCUUACGGUAAGGCAAAGCUUUAUGAUAAAGCACUUUCUCUAUUUAGGACCAUGAGGAAUCACGGUACUUGGCCUGAUGAAUGCACAUACAAUUCCGUAGUCCAAAUGUUAUCAGGAGGUGAUUUGGUUGAGAAAGCAAGGAGCCUGUUAGCUGAGAUGAAAGGAGCGGGUUUUAAACCACAAUGUUCAACAUUUUCUUCGGUUAUUGCAUGCUAUGUCCGCCUACGGCAGCUAUCUGAUGCAGUCAGUACGUACCAGGAAAUGUUAGAGGCAGGGGUAAAACCUAAUGUAGUUGUGUAUGGGGCUCUAAUUGAUGGUUUUGCAGAAAGUGGUAAUGUCGAAGAGGCUCUAAGAUACUUUAGCGUAAUGGAAGAAACCGGGGUUUCACCAAAUCAGAUUGUAUUAACAUCCCUUCUUAAGGUAUAUAGUAAGCUGGGAUGCUUUGAUGGUGCUAAACAAAUUUAUGAAAAGACUAAACUUUUGGAGGGUGGUCCAGAUUCAGUUGCAUCAAAUAGCAUGAUCAGUCUAUAUGCAGAAUUUGGGAUGGUUUCAGAAGCCGAGAUGGUUUUUAACGGGUUGAAAGAGAAAGGUUUGGCUGAUGAGAUAUCAUACGGAACCAUGAUGUAUUUAUACAAGAGCAUGGGGAUGCUAGAUAAAGCUAUUGAUGUUGCUGAUGAGAUGAAACAGUCGGGUUUACUAAGCGACUGCAUUUCCUACAACAAAGCGAUGCUUUGUUACUCGACCAAUGGCCAGCUUCGAGCUUGUGGGGAGCUGUUGCAUGAGAUGAUUGAGAAGAAGCUCUCACCUGAUGGCUGGACGUUCAGCUUACUAUUCACCAUCUUGAAAAAAGGAGGGGUAGCAUCUGAAGCUGUUAAAGAGCUCGAAUCGAGUUAUCUAGAUGCAAAACCCUAUGCAGCUCAAAGUAUAAUAGCAUCUGUUUUCUCCAUGGUGGGUUUACACAGUUUAGCACUGGAGUCCUGUGAGGGGUUCACUAAAGCAGCCAAAGUGGUUCUGGAUCGAUUUGCUUAUAAUGUUGCAAUUUAUGUGUAUGGAUUGUCUGGGAAAAUCGACAAGGCUUUGAACAUGUUCAUGAGAAUGCAAGAUGAUGGGGUUGAACCGGAUAUUGUAACGCAUAUCAAUUUGGUCCACUGUUAUGGAAAAGCAGGUAUGGUGGAAGGUUUGAAGAGGGUUUAUACCCAGCUGAAGUAUGGAGAGAUCGAACGUUCUGAGUCUAUGUUCAAGGCUUUGGUAGAUGCCUAUAGAAUUGCUGAUAGGGAUGAUCUUGCUGAGAUGGUUGAUCAGGAUAUGAGGUUUGGUUUUGAUUCACAGGAAUUCUCGGAUUCUGAGAGUCAUUCUCAACAUACUACUUCAGAUUCAGAUAUCGAAGAUUGAACAUGAUGUGACUUAGUUCUCCAUACCGUUAUGAAGGCAUCAAGGUGUAUAUUGUAUAGGCAGCAUUUGCCAAGGAUUUCAGGUUUAAUUUGUAAGAGCACAUACUCUUGUUCUUUCUUCUCCCAAUUUGGCGGUCAUGUUAAAGUCAGUAUAGAUUGUGUAUUGUUGCAAUUGUACUGCUCGGUGCCGGGUCUGAUACCAUAUUCAUGGAUCAUAGAUGCAAAAUGCUUCCUCCCUAGAUCAACGAAACCAGAAUGACUACACACGAAAAGAACUCCUAUGAAGGUAAUAUAAUCUGGCUUCACAUCCUGCUAGACCAUGUCAUCAAACACUGCAAGAGCGUUAUUGGCGCUUCCAUUCUGUGCAAACCUGCUAAUCAUCGUGUUCCACUGGCAUUUGUUCAAACACCCUGUAAGCAAAAUCCACAACCACAAUUUGCAUAGAGGUCGACUAAAGCCGAUUCCACAAUGACAUUGCCCCACCCACCUCUCCUCACAUACUGGCAAUGAACUUUUUUUUGGAGCUUGUGCUGACUUGGCAGCCAUCAGGCAAUGUAAAGAAGUUCGUUGCUUUUACUGGCAAUGAACUUCUUUACAUUGCCUGAUGGCUGCCAAGCCAGCACAAGCUCAAAGCAUGGUACCAAAGCUGUAAAAGAUCAUUCUGACCCAUCUCUCUAUAUAUUCCGAUGAUGGAUUUCAGAUUGCUGGUUUGACAGUAUCCACCGAGCAAUGCUGACCAGGAACAGAGUUCUUUACGCUGAUUUUAUCGAAGACGCUUUGAGCUUCAUCGAGCAGCCCACAUUUCCCGUACAUGUCAACAAGGCUGCUUCCGACUACAAUACAUAGCAAUCAGUAGUUGGGUGAUUCUGCGGAUAGACCUCUCUCAUUUUCCCCUGCUAAUGCUUCUGUUCUUCUGUAGCUGUAUACAGAUUAAAGAACUGAUCUUUCGAUUACGGUAGAGAAAGCUGUAAAGUGGGGAAUUAGAUCCACCACCCAGUUGCUUUUUUGUACUUUUUUACUGCUGUCUGUAACCUGGUGCGCAGAAGUUAAUCUGCUAACUGCUCAAAGUGUUAGCAGAUACUAACAGGGCAGGAUUUUGGGCCACGUCGGCCCAUGUUUCAUCCAACGGAGGGGAGAGGCGGCUUGGUGGUGGCUCACUUAAGUGAGCUGUAGGUGGGCCAACGUGUAAAACCCGGCCCAGCAUGUGGCGGCGGUGGCGUGGUGGGCUGGUGGGCCCGGCUUGAGUUUGGGCGGGAGAAUGGAUAUGAGUGGAAAGAGAACGAAAAUUGAUGGGGCCCCUCUGAUAUUUAUGUAUGUUUGUUUGUGUGGAUAUUUAUUUGUUUUCAGUCGAUAUUAUUUUCUAUUGUGUUGAUAUUACUUUGCAUCAUUGUUGAAAUUAGGGAUGGCAAUCAAACCCAUGGCCGCGGGUAUCCGACCGCCCCCGACCCAUUCAACGCGGGGAAUCCCCGCUUUGACCGGGUAUGGGGCGGGUAUGGGUAAAACCCGCAAAAAGUUUGAUGGGUAUGGGGCGGGUAUGGUUUUAGCCUCCCCCGCCCCAUACCCGCCCCACCAAGAUAAUUUCUUCAUAUAUAAAAAAUAUGUGCAUCAAAUUAUAAUCUAUCAAUGAUGAUGAGGAUAACUUGAGAAAAUAAAUAGUAGAAAUGCAAUCGAUUGACCGCCUUAAUCAAAAUCUAAUUCAUUU